UCACUCGGCUCAACCUCGGCCUCCAUUUUGCACUGCUCCUGCAAACCAGCUGCUGCCGCCGCCGCCGCCUCCAUUCGUGGUGCAGCAUUUGUAAAUAAAGUGCGUCGUUUCGAGCGGACGAGACAUUUUCCCUGACCGUAAAGCGAUGGCUGACCCGGCGGCGGACGUGGAGCUUCCGGAGGGCGCUGAGGUUCGCAAGCUGUCCGAGCUGAGAGUCAUCGACCUGAAGGCCGAGCUGAAGAAGCGCAACCUGGACACCACUGGCGUCAAGAGCGUGCUGUCGGAACGCCUGAAAAAGGCCAUCGAGGAGGAGGGCGGAAAUCCCGAUGAGAUUGUUGUGGCUCCGGAUUCUGCACCGAAGAAAGUCAACGUUACACCCAAACGUGCUGCCAGAGAUGCAAGACCAGAGAAUGAAGAAGCAGAGGAUGGCACACUUGAGGAGGACUCCCAUGAUGGGCAUGAGGACCUGCAAGAUGAUCAUGAGAGCAUGCAGGAAAUGGACAUCCUCGACAUGAACGUGCUGGAUGAGACGGACAACGACAAUGGAAUACCAGCUGAGGACGAUGAGGAUGAAGUAGAAUAUUCUCACGGCGAAGAGGACGAAGCAACGCUUGAAGAACGUGACAACGUGGCGUUGGAGUCAGAAGGCGAAGCAAGAGGUCCAGAGAUGGAAGAGUCUGGGGUGUUGGAUAAGGAUGCCUGUAUGACAAGCUCAUCAAUCAAUAUGGAUCCAGAGGCAGACGACACAAAAGAAGAAACAGAAAAUGACAAAGUAGCCGGGUCUUGUUUAUCUGAGCCGCUUAACGAAGAUCACCACGAGAGCCACGAGACGAGCCCUGAAGAAGAACGCGCUGCCACCUCCGGAGGGGAAGACAUUGUGUCCGACACUGGGUCCAAGUCCGACCAAGCCGCCCCUGGAGAUGUGGAGAGCGACAGGGAUGUUGUGGUGACUGACACCAAAGAGGUUGGGGACGCCCCGAAUGUCCCAGAAGAGACCUUAGACACAGAAAACAAAAGCUCGCAGGCUGUUAGUGUAAGCGAACAGGGCGCUCUGGGUGAAACUGUUGAUUCAGAAAUUGGGUCUAAGAAGGGUGAGGAGGAUGAGAAGACAGAAGAUAAAGCCGCUGCGGACUCAGCCUCGACCGUGAAAGAGUCCUCUUCAGUAGAGGGCGAUGAUCAGAAAAAGAGCGCUGAGGAGAAAGAUGGCAAGGCUGAGUCAAAAGAUGAAAAGGCCGCUGGAAGUGGUGCUGCAGAGAGCAGUAGCAAAAAUCUAUGGGUCAGCGGACUCUCCUCCACUACCAGAGCAACUGAUCUGAAGACCCUCUUCAGUAAAUAUGGCAAGGUUGUUGGAGCGAAGGUGGUGACCAAUGCCAAGAGUCCCGGGGCUCGCUGCUACGGUUUUGUCACCAUGUCCUCCACAGAAGAGGCCACCACGUGCAUCAGCCACCUUCACAGAACUGAGUUGCACGGCAGGAUGAUCUCUGUGGAGCGGGCUAAAAAUGAGCCAGCGGGGAAAAAGCCAGCAGACAAGAACGACGCCAAGAAAUCUGCCAACGACAGGAGACACUCCACCGACUCUAAGUCUGAUGGAAAGGAUGAGAAAUCUGAGGGAGAAGGAAAAGAUGGCAAAGGUCGAAAUGAGAGGACUGUAGUUAUGGACAAGUCCAAGGGAGAGCCUGUUAUCAGCGUCAAAACUAAAAGCAAGGAGCGAAGCACAAAGAGUCGGGACCGUAAGUCUCCUAGUAAGGAGCAGAAAGACAUCCUGUCAUUCGACCAGAUCAAGGAGCAGAGAGAGAGGGAGAGGCAGAGACAACGAGAGAGGGAGGUUCGAGAGGUGGAACGACGCAGAUUCACUGACCGUGAUCGUGACAACCGCCCAGAUCGUGAGCGUGAGCGAAUCCGUCUGUUCAGGGAGAGAGAGGAGAGAAAACACUUGCUCCGGAAGAGAAGCUGGCUUGAGGGUGAUUGGCUUUAUCCCCAGGCUGAGAAGCAGCGCCUGGAUGCAGACCGCAUGGAACGUCAGUUCCUGGAGCGUGAGCGGCUACGUAUCGAGUACGAGAGGCGGCGCGAGCAGGAAAGGAUCCUCAGGGAGCGAGAGGAGCUGAGACGUCAACAGGAGCAGUUGCGUUACGAACAGGAUCGACGAUCCGUCAAGAGGCCGUACGACAUGGAUGGCAGGAAGGAUGAUUGGACUGAUAAGCGCAUGGCCAUGGAUGACCGCUAUGGCCGCUCGGAACUCGGUCGCCAGGAACGUUAUCAGGACUUUGACCACCGAGACCGGGGCCGUUACCAAGAUGACGUGAUGAUCGACAGGCGGGAUAACGCGCGUGGCAUCGGUGCAGACAGAGAUGGUCAGCACUUCUCAGACAGGUCAGACAGACAUAGCAGAGACGGCCGAGAGCCCUGGAGUGGAGGCUAUGACAAGCGCGUCAACCCGAGGGAAGGGGGUCGAGACUGGGACUCUGGACGGAAGAUGGAAGGAGACAGAGCUUGGCAAAGUAGAGAUGGUGCUAUUCCAGGCCAGAGCCACAUAGCACGCGGAGGAAUGGCAAGCAGCCGCGGAGGCUACAUGAACACAGGAACAUCUCAGUCCCUCUCCGGAGCUCUCAACAGACAGAACCAGCUGAUGCAGGGCAGCGGGCUGCAGGGUGGAGCUUUUGGUCGACGCUACUGACGUGCUGAUGUCCAUCUGAUGACAAUAGUGGGACUGUUUCAAAAGGUCACUUCAUGGAGGAUGUGGCCAUUUUGGUUUUGUACAUGUUGUUGUUUUUUUUUUACAUGAAUUUGUCAUAAUUCCAAUCCAUUUUUGAAGGAAAUCUCCAUCUUUCUUGUUGCUUCUCCAUUUUUUUUUUGUGAUGUAGUGAUCUUCUGCCAGUCCAACAACAGUCUCAUCCGAGCUUUGUGUUGUAAAUUCAGAUGUUUUAUAGACACCUAGGAUGAUGGACCUCACCUCCCCAGAUGAGCUGUAUCACAGUUUGUCUAAAACCAUGUGGAAGUUUUCCAUCCUCAUAAAAAUGACCCUUUGUUGCAGAUAACUUUUCCCUGCUGAAGAUAAGGUUUUUAAAUUAAAUGUCACGUUCUAAUUAUCCAAGCUUGUUCCUUUUUUAUAUUUCAAUCGCUGUGUUUUUGUACAUAGUAUUUGAUUAGUGGGAUUAUUGGACAAUUAUAGUACUUCCCCUCUACCAGGGAUAAAACCUCAAUUUGAUGAUGUGAAGUUUUCUGUAACUCACAUCUGUUUUUAGUUUUUUGUUUUUGUGUCCUUCUGUUGUUUGGUUUAUUAAAAUGCCAGACGUAGCCGGGUGUUCUAGUUAAAUUCACAGGUUGAAAUGGCAAACACCAAUUAAUAAAAAAUAUUUUCUGAAGCCA